AAAAAUGGCUUGGUUCGUAAUGCAACAACAACCGUUAUCAAACGUUAAAUUUUUAUCUCCGAUUGUAGUGAUAAAUUUUCUUUGUUUGCUUAUCACAGUGAUAGAAGUUAACUGUGGCCUUAAUUUUUUUUAAUGUGAGACUACUAAUACUCUAAAAUAAUACACUUUUAUUAUUCUGUGCUACUAAUUGUUUUGUUAUUGUGAUAGCCAAAUUAAAAAUACCUAAUAUUAUUGCAACAGUAAUUCUGUAGUAUUAUGUUUAGUUGUGGUUGCUAUUGUUAUGGUUAUUAUACUUUAUCGAAUUUUCAUUAAUGACACUGAAUAGGCAUUUUUUCGACUAAAUUCAUACGAACACAAUUUCUAUUAAAGUAAAUGCUGAUAAUGUCUCUUCAAUCGCUAGACUUUCUACUCCAGCAAGCAGAAGAAUCAGAAAAAACAAAUGUACCUAAAAAAUCUGGUAAAAUAGAUUUGCAUACACCAUUUGGUCUAAAUGAUUUAAUGUUUGAUGACAAUGAGUUAUAUUCCUGUGAUCAAAAUAUUACCUCUUCAAUGUCAAGACUACAUCUUGAUAACCAAGUGACUGAUAAAUGUUCAAAUAUAAAUGAUUAUAUUAGCAAACAUUUAUCAUUGUUAUCUACUGAUGAAUCUAAACUAUCAAUUGUUGAAAAUGUUAAUGACAUAAAACAAAAACUUCCACUUGUUGACAAAAACAAUGAAAAUUGUGAAAAUAUAAUGAAAUGUAAAGAUAAAACAGCACUAAAACCACUAACACAAAACAAAGGUGGUCAUACAAAAAAUUAUAAGAUUUUUCGUACUAAAUUAUGGUCAAAGGUUCGGAAAUCACCUUUGGAGAAAUCAGAUACUGGACUGAGCUUAACUAUUGGACGAAAGUACCCCAAAUCAAAUUCUAAUUUGAUGAAUGAUUAUCUCUGCAAGGUAUUAUUUGAAACACGAAGCCGUGGAUUCAGGUUUAAUACACCUUCUCCAGAUGAAUUGGUACUGUCUUGGAUGGAUAUUGUUCGACAAAUGCCAAAUAAAUGACCAUGUUAUAUUUAUUAAGAAAAAUAAAUUGAAUAUUUAUAUGAUACUCUUAGACUAAACAUACUAACUAUUCUAGUUAAUGGAAAAAAUGUACAAUUAAUUAUUAAAUUUUAUACUUAAAUAUGUUUAAAUUAGAUAAGAUAAAUUAAUAAACACAAUACGUGUGUUAUAAAAUUUUAUACAGCAUUUAUCCAUUUUGAAAAUGGAAUUUUUACAAGAAAUUUAAGUUAAACACAUCCAAUACCACCAGGGUGCAAAAAAAAAAAAUUACGCAAUAUUUAUAAUAAAUUUCAUCCAUUGUUUUUAAACCCUAACCCAUUAAGAAAACCAGUUAAAUUUAAAUUUUGUUUUCUACUAUUAGAAAACUUAUAAAAUUUAUCUGGGUACCAUAGCACUUUAAAUA